CCUUCUUCACGGAGCUGAAGCUUAUCAGAACAGGGUGGGCGUUUCGGAAUAAUUCGACGUGUAUUUGAGUCUCGGCGUGUAAUAGAGGAAAUACUGUAUGUUUAAUUAAACUUGGCAGCAACAGAGAGUGGAUUGAGGCUUCUUAACGGGGCUCAUACGUAUCAGAAGGGAGAUCUCGGGUGGCGUCACCUUCCUCUGUCAUUGUAGAGGACAACGUACUGUGGGUGCUGACAGAUGUCAGACAUGUAGAAACGGUGUAUGGUUGCUUCAUUGUACGAAGGAGAUGCGUUGAAGAAAAGGGGGACAUUAACUGUUCACAGACGACUACAUCAUGAUUGAUGUCAGACUGUAUUCCCAUGCUAUAGGGACGCACUCGAGAACGCCAAGCUAUACAGACUACUAUCGUACUGACAAAGAGAUCCGUGCCUUCAAUCACCUAGGGCGUUCCUGGGGCGCUAAUCGGAUGUGGGGUCUAGAUGGGUUGCGGGAUUUCCAGGAGAGACGACGGUGGACAAUCGCAAGCGGACCCAACUGGUUGCUGAACAUAAAUGACAACACAAGCGAAGGGACAACCCGCAGCAGUGGGAACAUCCCGAACGGACAUUCUCAUGGCAUCUACCUUACAAACAGGAUCAGUUGCCCGUGCACAGUGGAGAUUCCGUAUCCUCUUGUUAACGUGAAUAUCCGAGACGGUGUCUUCCUUCACGAGGGGCGGGUCAAGUUGGAGAGUAUUGGACUGCGGUCACUGUUGUCUCCUGCUGUCAUUGCAAUACACCUGGAUCACUCCGAUGAGGAAUCUUUCAGAAAGUUUAAGGACUUGUCAAACCAUCUUGCCCGUGUGGUGGGAGAACCGGAUGAUAGAGGGUUCUCCUUCUGGUUCAUCAAACAUCAGAGAGGACAAUUGAAAACACCAGUUAAAGACUCAUCUCUUUAUUGCAUAGAUUUCAUCGGGAAACACUUGAAGCCCAAGUUCCACGACAGGGAUUGUAUCAAGUUUGUAGUAGUCAUUGGCAGAAGGGAUCCUCCACGCCCUCCUUAUCCUCCACAUCCUCCUCCUCCUUCUCCAUGCAUUGGCAGAAGGGAUCCUCCACGCCCUCCUUAUCCUCCACAUCCUCCUCCUCCUUCUCCAUGCAUUGGCAGGAGGGAUCCUCCACGCCCUCCUUAUCCUCCACAUCCUCCUCCUCCUUCUCCAUGCAUUGGCAGAAGGGAUCCUCCACGCCCUCCUUAUUCUCCACAUCCUCCUCCUCCUUCUCCAUGCAUUGGCAGAAGGGAUCCUCCACGCCCUCCUUAUCCUCCACAUCCUCCUCCUCCUUCUCCAUGCAUUGGCAGAAGGGAUCCUCCACGCCCUCCUUAUCCUCCUCCUCCUCCAAGAACCCAAGACCAUGAACCAUUCAUUGAUCCUGGUCCGACCUUUUAUGAUGGUGAGCAAGUUCUGGCCCGAUGGGAGGAUGACAAAUGGUACUACAAAGGAAGGAUCGCCCGGCGCUAUGAUGUGAACAACUACUACUGCGUGAAAGAUAGCACAAGCCAAUGUGACGUCAUUAAUUGGGAGGAUAUCAUCCGGGCAACUGACCAUUACGACGCUGUGUCUCCUGACAAGAGAGACCGUGUCCGUGUGCUGGCCCCCCAUCCUGUAUAUUACUGGAGCUACGCCCCUGGCCGGGUCAUAGAAGCGAUUGGUCAGAAACUGACUGUCCGGUUCUAUGACAACAAGCUGACAAACAUCGAGAAAUGGGACGUGUAUCCUGCCAGGAACCGGGAGAAAUAUCUCAAGGACGUGGAGGACAUUCAACAGCGAGAGAAAGACUGGGAGGGGAAGGAGGCCGUCAUCAGAGACGAGUCAGGGGUGUACAGACUGGGUAGAGUAAACAAACAGAUAGGAUGUCAGCCGAUGUACAACGUAACAUGGCAGGAUGGUCAGUGCGGGGAACAGAUGUCCAUCCACAUCUAUGGAACCUACAACAAGACGAUCAAGUUCAAGGUCGGCAGCUACAUCCUGGCACUCGUUGACAGCGACAGCGCGCAUUUCCUUCCGGGUCAGGUUAGGAAGGUCACAACCUUAGGAGAUGCAGACCUACUCGAUGUCGUCUUUAUCGACGGCCGAAGGUCAAAGGAUGCCCUCUCCACGGAUAGUUACUGGAUGAAUGAGAUGGCCUACACAGAGGCGGAGCAGGAGUUUCUGACGCAUCACCCCGACAGUAGUGACGAGGAAGAGUACUCUCGUUAAGAGUAGGCUCCUCUCAGCUCAUCUCUAUGUCAUCUCGGAAAGCAUCUCUAGAGGAAUCCAUAUUAGAACUAGAUGCACUAGUUUCACAAUACACGUGACUAUGACAUAAUUUGGUAGGCGUCGUGCCCCUUAGAAAUGCCUCCAUAUGAAAUUGAAUAUCUAAUUCAUACGAACUACCUGUAUAUACCGAGGUAGUUUAAUUAAAACUAUGAUCAUAACUAUUUUUCAAAAGCAUCAUGCCACAAAAUAUAUAUUUCAGACAUUCAUAGUAUCCUAACAUACAAAAAAAUAGUAAGUAGGGUAAAACGUUACGGACGAGGAAGAACGGGGCUGUGGUUUAACCUUUUGGUAAAAGCGUUCGCAGAAAAAGGGAUAACAAUCCUCUUUGCAAUUUUAUUUUGCGUGUUUUCCACGAGCGUCAUACGACUCUUGCUCAAAAGUUGUUUAAUCAAGAUUACAACAUUCAAAACCCCAGUAAAGUUUUCCAAUUGUUUUAUGGUAGACACGUGGAGGACAUGUAGAUGCUCUAUGCAGUUCCCUAUUUUGACUUAUACCAUAUGUUCCCGUGUUUUUAUCGGGUGAACGAUUGACUUGCCUUUGCAUGUGUUUGUGACGGGUUCCACCGUUGGGACUGGAUACGUUCAGUUUUUCGCGAACACCUGGUGUCAUCACUUUUUGAUAGUCAUUCAUGAACAUGUGCUCUUGAAUCUAACAUCUAGUCUCUUAGAGAAAAACAACAGUUGUUAAAUUAUAGUUGUAAAAUAUAAUAAAAAGGAGCCUAGAGACUUUCUUCAUUCUCAUACUGCAGUAAUACAUCUUAUAGACUUGCAUGGGCUGUAUUGGAUAUAUUUGUUUCAGGGUCUUUAUGAUAGACUAGUACAAUUGACUGUACGUUUAAAUUUUUAAAAGAAAAGUUUGACUUCGUUUUGAAUAUCAGUAAGAUUAUCGAGCAAACGCCCAUUUGAAUUAUUUAUUUCAGUGAAUGAUUUAUUCAGAAAAUUUCGCGACUCUAGACUCAGAAAAUAGGAGGUUGGUUUUUCACCCUUUUCUAUCCAGGUUGCUUUUGCUCUUAUCAUUUGCCCUUGAGUUUUUACCCUUAUAAUAUCUUCUAGUUCUAGUUGCAAUUUCUUGAUUUCGUUCAAUAAAGUUUGUUUCAUAUCUUCUUUUUCACAUUCGUCCAAUUUAAUUUCUUUACAUUGUAAUGUUUCCAAUAGUUCCUGUUCUAUUUUAUUUCUCACUUUUUUCUUGUA